GUGCCUGGCAGAAGCUCAGGCUGACCCCAUAGAGAAUGCUUUGGGGGGGAGGCUGCUCCCCCUCUGUGCCCCGCCCACUGAUAGUGAGGAAAUCGGGGUGUCUUGUGGCGGGGCCGGAAGUUGCUCAAGGAGGAAGUCUCUCCCCAGCUGGGAGGCCUGUAGGAUGGACAUGUUAGCUGGGGGGCCCUCUCCCAACCGCACCCUGGGAGGGGAAGGGGAACUCCGAGAGCCAGGGCGCGCCCGAGGCUCUGGUGCUGCGCCGGCCAGAUUUGGGGCCCCAAGGAGGAGCGCAGGAGGCGGAGCUCUGCUGCCCACUACCUGGCCUCCAGCAGGUCCCCCAAUUUUCGGGGAGGGGUGUCCCAAGGGCCGGCUGGAUCCCCAGGAGGUGGACGCCUUCUCCGCCCUCCUGGGUGUACCCUGGACUUUGCCCCCCUCCUUGGCCCGACCUUCCUGAGCUGUCCGCUGUAGAGGCUGAGAGAGAAUCUGGAGCCCCUUGGGGCGGUGAGGGGCUCGAGACCCUGAGAGAGGGGAAAGGCCUCAAGAUGGGGGGCGCCGCUGGAAGGAGGGGGUGUCCUGCGGAGACGGGGAGGUGGGGCAGCUGCCGCUGAGUUUCUGGGGGGCCUGGCUCCCCCUGCCCGUGGUGCCCCCUGAUGGCGCCUCUCCUUCCCCACAGGUGCCCCCCCAGGGAUGUGGGGCUACCUGGCCCUGCUCCCGAUCGGUCUGGCAGUGUGGGCUAUAGUCGGGGUCUGGACGAUCUUUGCCAUGGCGGUGUCCAACAAGUCUGUGAACCUCACCGAGGGCUUUCCCUACAUCAGCCUCUGCGGGUCCUUCCCUCCUCAGAGCUGCGUAUUCGGCCAGCUCCUGAACGUCGGGGCCGUCAUGGUGGCCUGGAUCUGCCUUCUCCGAUACCUCCAGCUCCGGGAAUGGGGAGUCCCCAAGCUUCCCAAUCGGCUGUGUCUGGGGCUGGGCUUCCUCUGUGCCUUGGGGGCCUCCAUCGUGGGCAACUUCCAGAAAACCAACGAGCUCUCCACGCAUCUAUUCGGGGCCUUCCUGGCCUUCGUGGUCGGGGUGGCCUACUUCUGGGCCCAGCUGCUUCUGCUCCGCCAGGCCAAGCCUCCAGGCCAGCCAGGCGCCCCCUGGAUCGAGCCCCUGCGCCUGCUGCUUUGUGGGGGCUGCACCGUCCUCAUGGUGGCCAUGGUGGUGCUGCACUUGUGGCCACGGCGGUCCGCCGCCGCCGUGUGCGAGUGGUCCGUGGCCAUGCUCCUGUUCGCCCUCUUCGGCCUCUUGGCAGUGGACUUCUCCCACCUGGGCGGCCUGGUCCUAAGUGUGCAGAGCAGGUCCACGUCGUGCCCCCCAAGCACGGCCAGCCUGGCAUCCUUCUAGCCACGGCCCCUCUUGGGACACCCCCCCUUCACGAGCUGGCAACGCUGGACAGAGCGGGACCCCGGCCCUCGCUCGCCUCCACCCUGCCACGGAGCUCUGGAGCCACGAGGGCCAGCGACGCGUUGGCUCCUCGUCCUCUCCGGGGGAGGACCCGGGGAUGGCGGGGCUACCUGGACCCCCCAGGAAGAGCUUUGGGCUCCCCAACCGAGGAGGAAGGAGACAAGAGGCAGGAAGCAGAAGGCGCGAAAAUGGAACUUUUCAUUUCGCAAGAGCAAAUCCGUACAGAGCGCAGGGGGAGACAUAGGGGGAGAGACAAGGAGAGAGGGGGGCUGGGGAAACGGAGACGAGGGCCCCCCGGCCCCCACCCCAUUGGCUAA